AUGAAUAAGGAGAAAGAAGCUGCAACUAACGUUCCAACGCCCAACGAAUCAGAGAAUCAAGCCUCUGCAAGCAGAAACAACAACGAAGCUUCAACAUCUACAGAAAACAGGGAGAAAAACAGAGAGGAGAGCAUCGUUCAUGGCGGUUCAACGGAUUUCUCCCGUGUCCCGAUACCUGUAUGUUCCUGCACCGGUGUUCGUCGUGAAUGCCAUAAGUUUGCCGGCGGUUGGCGGUCAACAUGUUGCACGGCGAGCUUGUCGGAGUAUCCUCUGCCAUUUACUUCUUCGAGGCCAAAAAAGCGAAUUAUGGGGAGGUCGAUCACGAAAGCAGCUUAUAAAAAGAUUCUUGAGAGACUUGCAGCUGAAGGUCACGACCUUUUAUGGGGUGUUGAUUUGAAGAAUCAUUGGGCAAGAGCUG